GACUGGGUCAGCGCGAGGAACCAGCAGUCAGUCAGAUCUCGAGCGCGAGCGCAAACGCGUCCACAAUACAGCACGAGACGCGCCUCACACCUCGCCGACACACAGCACAGCCAUGGGAAACCAUUUUUCCAUCAUUGACCGCAGCAAAAUGCCAUUGGGAGAGGAUGGACACUCUUGGAAAAAGAAAACGUCGCACAUCAAGGAAAUCUAUGACUUCAAAGAUGUUUUGGGAACAGGGGCUUUCUCUGAGGUGGUGCUCGCAGAGGAGAAGAGAACGAGAAAACUAGUGGCGAUUAAGUGCAUCGCGAAAAAAGCUCUGGAGGGGAAAGAAAACAGCAUUGAAAAUGAGAUCGCUGUGCUCCACAAGAUUAAACAUGCCAACAUAGUUUCCCUGGAGGACAUCUACGAGUGUAAAUCGCACCUCUACCUUGUCAUGCAACUAGUGUCCGGUGGCGAACUCUUCGACAGGAUUGUGGAAAAAGGAUUUUACACUGAGAAAGACGCCAGUAAGCUGAUCCAGCAGAUCCUGGACGCUGUGAAAUACCUGCACGACAUGGGCAUCGUGCACAGAGACCUGAAGCCAGAGAACCUGCUGUACUACAGUAUGGAUGAAGACUCCAAGAUCAUGAUCAGCGAUUUUGGCCUGUCAAAGAUCGAGGGUUCGGAUAGUGUGAUGAGCACAGCAUGUGGCACUCCUGGAUAUGUAGCUCCUGAGGUUCUGGCACAGAAGCCGUACAGUAAAGCGGUGGACUGCUGGUCAAUCGGGGUCAUCGCUUACAUCCUUUUAUGUGGCUAUCCGCCAUUUUACGAUGAGAAUGAUGCCAAGCUCUUCGAGCAGAUCCUGAAGGCGGAGUACGAGUUUGAUUCGCCAUACUGGGAUGAUAUCUCUGACUCGGCCAAAGAUUUUAUUGUGCAUUUAAUGGAAAAAGAUCCCAACCAGCGUUACACGUGUGAACAGGCUCUUCAGCACCCGUGGAUUGCUGGAGACACAGCGUUGGAUAAGAACAUCCAUGAAUCUGUCAGUGCCCAAAUCAAGAAGAACUUUGCCAAAAGCAAGUGGAAGCAAGCGUUUAAUGCCACAGCUGUAGUUCGCCACAUGCGCCGGCUGCAGCUGGGAACCAGUCAGGAGGGCCAGAUGCAGUCCACCCUGCCCAGCCCGUGCCACGGACGCCUGCUGCUGCCCGAGGGGGACGAGGACGAGAGCGCCCUGCGGAGGGAAAACAGCGUCUGCUCCGAGGGUGUCGGAGAAGGGAACGACAUCCAGAACUGCACCUACCACGUCCAUCCCACUAGUCGGGUCUGAGUGUCAAUCAUCCUGCAGUAACCAAUGACUGACUGUCCUGUCUUUCCACUGGAGUCCGGCCACACCCCCAGUCUGGCCAGGAACACACAGAGCUCCAGCAUCCACUUGGAGGCGCUGCAGUGUAACGAACCCAGGUGGGAAUGUGGUCACUACUAUUCCAAUGGAGGGAUUCUCCCGAAAGAAACGAGACGAGAAGAUUGCCACAGGCGCUUCAUGGGUAAUGUAUGCUUUUGUGGGAGCUGGAUGGAGAUCGGACAGUGUUUUAACUCACUUUUUUAAAGCAACACCGACUAGGCUACUUUCAUUUUUCUUUUCCUAAACUAAAAGUAUGCAGGCCUGUUUCUCUUUUCAUUGAAAAUGCACGCUCUUGGGACGUGGCCUAGAGUAACACACAUCCAUUUUAGAUCCCGCAACCUUUUAUUCGAUGGAGGAUUUUGGCGUUGGGUUAUGCUAAUUCAAAUUCACACCUUAAAUGUUUUAUAUUCCUUCUUUUCAACUAAGGUACAAACAGAUUUUAGGUCGACACGUGUAAAUGAUUCAUUUUCUGUUUUUACACACUACGUCUACUCAAGCGAUCAUGAGUUCAUCGUCAGUAUGUUUAAGAGCGUCUUCUGUGGUGCCUUCAUGGAUUCAGUAUCAAUGUUUUAUUUGUUUAAACAUGUUUUAUUCAUCUUUUAGUUGGGAAUGUUGGAAGCUGUACACGUUUAUUCACCCGCAAGGCAUAUAUACUGAGCUAUGCACUGUCGGUGGACGCUUAUGUUUAAUCCUGUAAAUACGGCACAGCUUCUGUUUCAUUUGUUUGUAAACCCCUUUCUAUUACAACAUUAACAGUACUCAGGGGAGGAAAUAUUUAGAGGUAUAUAGUAGAAAUCAGAGAAUUUUGAUAUAUUAAAUGGUUGUUUUACAAGAAAACGUGUCACUACGAGGCAAAUUAUAUAACUAUAUUUGAAAAUGUUGGAACCUGUAUGAAAGUAACCUCCAUUAAAUGGCAUGAAUGUGUGACUUGACUCCAAUUUUAUUGUUUUGUUUGUUUCCAUUCACUCCCAUCCAGAAGUAAAAGAAAAAAAAAAAAUAACAUUAGAUGGAAAAGCUGUUUCAUAAAAGUCACAUAAUUGGAUUCUCCAGAUGUUUGACUGGUUUUGUAUAAUGCAUUGGAAGAGUUUUUGUUUUUAGGGAAUAGGACCAUUUUCAAAAAUGGAUGAACACAAUAUAUAGUGCUAAAUUCUCAAACGAUACCGAAUGUUUUGGAUUUAUUGAUAUUAUGAAAGUACAUACAGAUAUCAUGUGUGAUUUGUUUCAUAAACUCUUUGGUUGUUGGAAGGGUUAAAAUAUUCAUUCUGGUGCUGAACAUCUUUCAAGGCACUAAUAUAAGAUAAAAAAAAACAUUUGAUAUAAAACCCUUUUGAAAAAUGAACAAUUAUAACAAUCUGUAUCUGCUUUCUGGAUUUAUUUUCGAUGUGUGGUGAAGAAGGAGUUUUUAAAAAACGUGAAGUCAAAACACCCUGUCAUGUGAUGUGUUGCUUGCGCAGACUUCCUAUAUUGAUCAGCCCUUUACAAGCUGUGGCGUUUUCAAAAAUAUAUGUAUGAUUGUAUUCUGCACAGAUAAUAUUGCAUAGUAACUGUGGUUGAGACCGUGGAAAUGAGGAUUUACCAUAAAUAUAAAUAUAUGUUGAUAUAGUCAGAAGCAAAUGAUUUAAGCAUGUUGUGGUGAUUUAUGUACAUACAUAAAAAAGAUUAUUGUAAAUACACAGAUUAAUAUGCUAUUGUUAAAUGUAAAGUGCAAGAAAUUGAAGUUUAAGAUCGAUGUAAACCUCAAAAAAAGACGGGGUCAUGAUUGUCAUAAAACAACUAUGUUCGCCGUGGAAUACUGCACAUUAUGUUCAACGCCCCUAUAAUUUAAUUUGAAGUUUUAAUGAUGAGUCAAAAUUAGAUUUGAAACGAUAGCGUCAUUGCACAUAUAGUAAGAGUAUGGUGAUGUCAUUCUUGAUAAAGAGUUGAUAGAUACCUCUCUGCUUCUGAAUGCUUUCUGCAGACAUUUCAUGUCUUUUGGACAGUGUUUUCGACAGUAUCUUGGGAAUGAACGGUGUGAAAAUGUACCAACUCAGGAUAGCAACAAUAUUGGAUUUACAAUCAGCAAAAAGUGCCCCUAACACCCCUAAAAUAUAUUUGCAAACCAUAGUAAUUAUGCAAUUUAAUUUCAAGGGCUUGACUCUUUAAAACAAAAGUCAUUUCUCUUUCUAAACAUUUAUAAACCAAGUUAAUGUGUUUAAAUUGAAUAGUCUUUGAAUUGAGCUGAACUAAAAUAUUAAUGACAGUCUGUUGUCUAAAUAUGUAUGACCAUCAGAAUAUACAUUCUGUGUUUAGCCUUUUUUGUAAAAGCUGUUUAAGACACUACUUGUAUGGAUGCAGUGCAUCAUAGAUAUUUACUGUAUUUGUAAUGGAGUACUGCUCGAUAUUGACGCCAAUGAUUUGUAUUUUUCAAACAUUUGUACCUGUAAAGUGGAUUAAACUUUCCUUGUCUAUGCAC